AUCUCACUCUCGCUCCCAUCUCUCUCUCUCUCUCUGGUCUCUCACCUGUUCCAAGCCUCCGCACCCACAAACAAACCCGCCCUCUCGUAUUUUAUCAUUACAGCUUGUCCAACAGUAGCCUGACCAGGGCAAUCAGCAUAUCUGUUUGAGUUGUGUGUCUGAAGUUAAAAGUUCAUCUUCUGUUAAGCCAUCUUUUGAAAAUGGCUAUGUAUGUUCGUGUAAAGCGCAACAAGACAACCUACUUUGUGCAGUGUGAUCCAACAGAGACAACUCUAGACAUUAAGCAGAAAUUGCAAAAUUUGAUCGAUCAACCAAGCAAUAAUCAGCGUUUAACCUUGGUAGCAACUAAUGAUGUAUUAGAUGAUUCAAAGACAUUAGCUGAACAGAAGGUUGAGAAUGAUGCUAUUGUGGCAUUGACUCUCAGAAAAGACGACAAUGAGUUUGAGGAAGUGUACAUUGCACAACCUGAAACCUUGAAGUCAUUCUCUUGAUGCAGUGAGUGACAGACUACUAUUUGCUUAAAACUUCUCAUAUCUGUGAUCUCUUAAUGUGUGUUGUAUAUUCAAUGCACCCAAGAUGGUGAUUCCAUUUCACCUGUAUGUAGUUUUGAUUUUGCUCUUCUGUGGAGCUGUUAUGAUGUACUUCCAAUCGUGAUAGUGUUUGCUACAAAGUGAAGCUUGACAAAUUUUACCUCAGAAUCCAUGUUCUUCAAUGUUUUUCUGCAGAAAUAUAUCAAUUUGUUAUUAGGUAAUCAUAUUGCCACUUCUCUUUUGUGUCAUCCACCCAUUUGACUAAGCAGUAUGGAUUAUGUAAGAAUAACCAAUGUUCCCAUUAUUCAAUCAGUCAUGGAGAUUUUGGUAGGAUGCAUGAUGGGACAAUGAUGGAAGGGGCUGUGAUGGUUCUGCUACAAGUGCCAAAUUCAUACCUUGUACCUUUUGAUUUGUUUUAGUAUGUGAACAAGCCAUGAAUAUUGUUGAUGAUCUAAUACUUCGUGAUCUUCACAAAUAUCUUGAAAUGUUUAAUUGUCAUGAACUAAUGACAACGAUCAUUUGUCAAAGUGAUUCACUCAAGGAGCUCGCAUCCUUUGCUGUUAGUGGUACUGGUGAUGGUUGUUCCUGGUAUUCUAGAACUGUGGCAAUUGGAAAUUCUCAGAUUAAGAUGCUUUGGCUAUACAAUAUCCAUAAAUAGCAUGGGCUAAAGCCCCAAAACCUGCAUAGAUGGGGAGAAAAAAAAAAAUCCUCAAGCCUUAGUUUCAAGUUUAAAUACCUUGGCCAGGAAUCAGAUACUUAAAAUACUCCAUUUCUUAUGGGCUACAAACUUGUCAAUUGCUGACAGAGUACCUUAUUUUUACUUGCCUGCUCAGUUUUUCUUUUCUGAUUUAAGUUGCAAACCAAUUGUUUUUCUCUUACAGAAUUCUGUUGAAAACUUGAAAUUCCAUGCUGCCAACGUGUAUUUGGAUGCAAGGUUAUCGAUAAAUGCUAAAGCUUGGGUUUGGUGGAGUUUGGUGCCUCAGCACAAUAAAGCCUGGAGGUAAAUUACAUUUAUCUAUCAGAGAUAUUAUAGCUGAAUGGUCAUCUGGGAUGCAAAUCCUGUACAAGUAUACAUUUAAAUGGGCAGGAAGCCAAAGUGGACCUUUCCUCAACUUGCAAUAUAUCAGUAGCCAAUCAGCUGGAGAAUUUGCUUCUCCGUAUGUAUGCUAAUCCUGCUUCUACUUGGGCGAGAUACUCUUUAGUUUGCCCAGAACAUGGUCAACAUUUUGCUGCGGGGCUUCAACAUUGUUUGAUGACUUCACGAACUUGAGAAUCAGAUUCAUAUGUGCAUUAACAAAAUCAAUUCCUUGUAGAGAAGCCAAUGCUUCAGAUUCUAAAGGAUCAUGAGCUAUAUCCUGAUAAACAAAUAUAUAUACGAGCCGAUACAGAAGAAGCAUGAACACUAGGAGGAAGAGAGCCCAACAAUGCUGGCCGCUGGUCGACUUGCCGAGCAAUCACUAGUUCAACACCGUUGCAAGGAAUUCUUCAUGCUCAAUGCCACGAGAUCUUUCUGAAGGGAACUUCGUGAUUUUGUAUGAUAUGAUUUGGAGCAUGAUUAAUAGAUUGUUGAACAAUAACACAUGCUGAUA